CGCGCAUGCGCGCGCCCCACAAACCUUUUGGCGGGUUUUGCGCCGCGGCUCUGUGCCGGUCUUUGAGGUUCGCAGGGGUAAGUUUUAGGAAGCAGAACGUUUUCACUGGGAAAGCAACUUCCCUAGAUAUCUGCGCCUUUCUGUUGGGCGGCUCGGGGCUUCUCCACAUUAAAAAAAAGGAAAGUGUUUCUCUGCGACAAAAGGCUGAGGCCUGCCGACCGCCUGAAGCCUUGGGCCAUUUGAUCCCCUUACAUCUCGGUCUUCGAGAGAGUGAAAGGACCGGAGGGACAGCGUCCUGUUCAUCGUUCCGCGCAUCCGCGGGUUCUUCGGCCUCAGGUCGGACCUGGCCCGGGCUCCUUCUCGGUCACCAUGACCGUGUCCGCCCAGCUCCUGGUGGAGGAGUUGCAGAUCUUCGGACUGGACUGCGAGGAGGCUCUGAUUGAGAAACUGGUGGAGCUGUGCAUUCUGUACGGACAGAACGAGGAGGGGAUGGUAGGCGAGCUUAUCGCCUUCUGCACCAGCACACGCAAAGAUGGCCUUACCUUAGAUACCCUGAAUUCUUUUGAGCAUGAGUUUCUGAGCAAGAGAUUGUCCAAAGCCCGGCACAGUGCCUCCAAGGACAGUGCGCAUGCGGGAACGAGAGACAUCAUUUCCAUACAAGAACUAAUUGAAGUAGAGGAAGAAGAAGAGACUCUCCUGAACUCUUAUACCACACCCUCCAAGGGUUCUCAGAAGCGAGCCAUCUCCACCCCAGAAACGCCCCGAACAAAAAGGAGUGUGUCCUCCCGGAGCCCCCAUCAGCUCCUCUCGCCGUCAAGUUUCUCUCCAAGUGCUACUCCCUCUCAGAAAUACAACUCGAGAAAUAACCGAGGAGAAGUGGUUACCUCCUUUGGUUCAGCACAGGGAGUGUCCUGGUCCGGGAGAGGAGGAGCUGGGAACAUCAGCCUGAAGGUCUUGGGGGGUCCAGAGCCCCUCACCGGGAGAUACAAAUCAAUGUUUCAGAAGCUUCCAGACAUUCGAGAAGUUCUGACCUGUAAGAUAGAAGAACUUGGCAGUGAACUCAAGGAACAUUACAAGAUUGAGGCUUUUACUCCUGUUCUAGCCCCGGCACAAGAGCCUGUCACUCUGCUGGGCCAGAUUGGCUGUGACAGUAAUGGGAAGCUGAACAACAAGUCGGUGAUUCUUGAGGGUGACCGGGAACAUUCCUCAGGCGCCCAGAUUCCAGUGGAUCUAUCAGAGCUCAAAGAAUAUUCUCUGUUUCCUGGACAGGUUGUAAUUAUGGAAGGAAUCAACACUACUGGUAAAAAACUUGUGGCCACCAAAGUCUAUGAGGGUGUGCCACUUCCAUUUCAUCAGCCCACUGACGACGAUGCAGAUUUUGAGCAAAACAUGGUCCUGAUGGCCUGUGGGCCGUACACCACGUCUGACAGCAUCAUGUAUGACCCCCUGCUCGACCUGAUUGCUGUCAUUAACCGUGACCGGCCGGACGUGUGCAUCUUGUUUGGACCUUUUCUGGAUGCUAAGCAUGAACAGGUUGAGAACUGUCUACUGACAAGUCCAUUUGAAGAUAUUUUCAAGCAAUGCCUACGGACAAUUAUCGAAGGGACGCGAAGCUCUGGCUCCUGCCUCGUCUUUGUCCCGUCACUGAGAGACGUGCACCACGAGGCCGUGUACCCACAGCCGCCUUUCAGCUACUCUGAUCUGCCUCACGAGGACAAAACGCGAGUGCACUUGGUGUCCGAGCCCUGCAGCAUCUCCAUAAAUGGGGUGACCUUUGGCUUGACAUCCACAGAUCUGCUGUUCCACAUGGGGGCCGAGGAGAUCAGUUGUUCUUCCGGCACUUCAGACAGAUUCAGCCGAAUACUCAAGCACAUCCUGACCCAGAGGAGCUACUACCCGCUCUACCCUCCCCAGGAGGACAUGGCCAUUGACUAUGAGAAUUUCUGUGCCUAUGCGCAGCUGCCUGUCACCCCAGAUAUCCUCAUUGUCCCAUCAGAGCUGAGAUACUUUGUGAAGGACAUCCUUGGCUGUGUCUGUGUCAAUCCCGGGCGCCUCACCAAAGGGCAGGUGGGGGGCACCUUUGGCCGACUCUACUUCAGGAGGCAGCAGACCCCCGCGCGGGAGGAGAGGCAGCGUCCGUGUGUUUCCGCCCAGGUGGUCAGGAUCUGAGGCGUCUGUACUUUACAUCCUUGCCCACGGCUGAGAGCCCAGGAGUAGCCCUCUGACAAGAUCCAACUGUUGGAGGAUAAAGAGGAGGCAGCCAGCUGGGGAGGUGGCUGUGGGGAGGGGCCCAGCUGGACCCUGACUCUGGGUGAAGCUUCUUUGGAAGAAAGCUCGUUUUUUCAUGGACAUGCGGAGUCCAGAGUGAACUGGCUACGGAUGCAGUAUGCUCAGAAGAGGCAAGAAGGCUUUGUGAUUUGCUGUGUUAAUCAGACAUAGAAACAACUUUUGCAGAAAUAAAAGUAAGCUCUGAGUUGAA